AAUCGUUUUGUCAUUUCGAUUUCCGGAUGGUGACGACUGACGAGGAGAGAGGGAGCGGGAAGAAGAGAGAAGAAAUCUCCCGAAGGCUCGACCCUCACCGCAGUGGCGCCGCGCACACUCGCUCGAGCCCCCGCCCGCCCGCCGCUUCCUCCUCCAUCCAUGGAUCCCAACGACGCCGGCCUGCCGUGCAUCGUCCAAGCCCUGGCCUCCAUCGAUCCCAGCGACACCACCGUCCUGCCCUGCAUCGUCCAAGCCCUAGCGGCGCUCCCCCCGUCGCCACCCACCCCCAAAACCCCAGCCCCUGCCACUCCCAGAGCCCAGCCGCCGCCGCCGCCCGCCACCGAAUCCUCCAACUCCAUGCCCCCGAGCCCCCGCCGCACGCGCUCCGGCCGCGCGCCCGAGUGGACCGCGGCCGAGACCCUCGCGCUCGUGGCCGCCGUCGCCGCCACGGACGACGGCUGGGCCCGCUCCGUCUCCGCCUUCCAGAAGUGGGCCAUCGUCGCCGAGAACCUCGCCUCCUCCGAGGGGGCGGGAGGCUCGUCCUCCAGGCGCAGGGCGAGGCCCGCCGGCGACUGCAAGCGGAGAUGGGAGGCUCUGGCCGCGGAGUACGCGGCGGUGCGGCAAUGGGAGGCGCGGACCGGGGGCAGGUACUCGGAGAUGGGCGCUGCGGCGAGGAGGAAGGCUGGUCUCCCCUCCGAGUUCGACACCGAGGUGUACGGCAUCAUGGACGCGCUCCUUGCGGAUUCCGGCGAUGCCGGGGGAGGUGGGGGCAAGGAGGGCUUGGUCGGUGCCGGUGGUGGUGGUGGUGCUGAUGUGGGAGAAGAAGAGGGUGAUGGUGUUGGAGUUGGAGAAGAGGAGGAAGAUGACGAUGACGACGAUGAGAAGGAGGAGGAGUUGGAAGGUGAUGACAAUGAGGGGGAGAUGCAGGUGGAUGGUGGAAAUGCGAAUGCUUCUGAUGAUUUGGAAUACUGCGAGACAGAAACACAGAACGAGCCGAAAAAGAGCCAGAUAGAGGCAUGGGAACUGGCCAACAAGUUAAAUGAUAAUGCGCAGCAUAUCCAUAUGAUAUUAGAAGGCGAGGUCGGCGAUGAUGCUGGCCAGAAUCAUGCCCCUGCCGAUCCAAUCUCGCCCAACGCAAUGGAGAGCACUCGCCAGAAAGCUGAUGAGCUGAUCAAAUCGCUCGGUGGGCUUGUGAGCUACCUGAACCAAUUCACUGAUCUGAUCAAAGAUAACGGGUUUGAGGAUGUAGUUGGUGUCAACUGAUUUGUGCUAGGAGGCUUCCCUUCCUUUUAAGGUUGAAUCAUGCUGCCCAAUCCUUAAUCUUUAUCCCUGUCCGUCGAUGUAAAUAUGAGGGCGCUGUAAGAUGCUUGUAAUCAACUGAUGUAGGUUUGUAGCAGACAUUUCUCAUGGUGUUAUCACCUUGAUGUUUCAGAUCUUAACUGGAUCAGUGUAUGUUUUUCCGGCUAAGUUCUUCCCACUCGAUCCUAGUAUGCCAUACCAGCUAGUGAAAUAUUGAGAUGAGUGUUUUUUUCA